AAAAAAUAUAAAUUAAGGGCAUUAUGAAAUCAUUUCAACACAAAUCUUCUCCUUGGAAUUACUCUUCCCUUUUGUUUUUAGUAAAAAUGAAAUUCCCGCAAAGCCUCAGCCAAGUCUGGAUUUUACAUGCAAUUAAAAAGGAGGCCAUGAACCAGUUAUUGGGCUAAACUCAAGGUUAAAAACCCAAAACAGAACCCAAAUCUCCAUGUGUUUUGAAACCGAAAGUGUACUAUCAAUUAAAGAGGGUAGGGAAGGCCAGCAAUGGUCCAAACUGGACCCAAAAACCUGAUCCAAAAGAGAGAAGUAGCAAAUUCUCCUUUGGAACCCAAAGAAGUAUAUGGUGUUCUGAAGUUCCGUCUACACCAAACUUGGGAGAUCGAUCGAUCGGAAUCAUGUACUGCCGCAUUAAUUUUAGUCUCCGGUGUUCUUCCUCCGAUACGACACGUUUAGUGCCCACUUUUCGCCCCUUCAAAAACCCUACUUUCCUUCUUCCUUUUAAACCCAACACCAACGAACCCAUUAAGAUCUCUUUCUCGACUUCUCGGUGGCUGCGGAAGCAUCGGAUGGGCUUUGUGACGGUGAAUUCUCAUAUGGCCACCGAGGAGGAGUUUAUUUCAGAUGAUAGAAUGCUUGUGUUUGUGUCUCCACAUCCCUUAAUUAAGCACUGGAUUUCGGUUUUGAGAAACGAGCUAACUCCUUGCCCCAUUUUCAGAAAUGCCAUGGCUGAGUUGGGGAGGCUACUUAUGUAUGAAGCUUCAAGGGAUUGGUUGCCUACUGUAACGGGGGAGAUUCAAUCGCCAAUGGCUAUUGCUUCAGUUGAAUUUAUUGAUCCAAGGGAACCGGUGGCGAUUGUUCCAAUCUUGAGAGCUGGUCUUGCUCUGGCUGAACAUGCAUCAUCCAUUUUGCCAGCUACAAAAACAUACCAUUUAGGGGUAAGCAGAGAUGAAGAGACACUUUUGCCAACAGUUUAUCUAAAUAAGUUGCCUGACAAAUUUCCCGAAGGAUCUCGAGUUUUUGUGGUAGAUCCUAUGUUGGCAACAGUCAAAGUGAAGAGAAUCAAGAAAAUCUUUGAUUUUGCAUUCAAAGUGAGGAUAAUAUAUAACUAUUAUCCUCGUAGCAGUGCCUGCACAUGUGGCACGAUUGUGGCAGCACUUGACCUCUUAAAGGAACGUGGAAUUGGCAACAAGCAAAUGAAAGUGAUAUCUGCUCUGGCAGCUCCUCCAGCGCUUCAAAAGCUCAGUGAGAGAUUCUCUGGGCUUCACGUGUAUACUGGAAUUAUCGACCCCACUGUUAAUGAGAAAGGGUUUAUAAUUCCUGGACUCGGGGACGCAGGAGAUCGGAGCUAUGGUACAUGACGGAAAAUAAAGAUAAGAAAAAACUAUCUACGAGCAGUUUUGAUUUUUUGAGCCCAUCACCAAGUUUAAAAAGGCUUGAAGAGGUUUUUAGCGUUCGAUUGGCGUGCUUGUUUUGCAAAUUUGUUUACUUCAUAGUCAAUGACUUGGAAUAGACUAUUCUUAUUGUGUGUAAAAGCUAGAGGCUUGAAGUGUAGUCGGACAUAUUUUUUUAUUUGGUUAAUAAUGGAAAAUUAUUACUACUUACGAAAUCAUGUCUUACGCUAAUAAUGAUUUAACUAUAAGCAAAAGAAGCCUAGCCGCUGCUUGCGCCCAACUUAGCGAUAGCGUCAUAGAUAUCCAGCUUCUAGCAGUCACCUGCUUAGCACAAACACCGGUAGAGGAAAAUGUAUUUUAAUUAAAUUAAAUAGUCAAUUAGCCACUUCUUUUUUCUCAAAUAAACCUUUUUAUUCAGUACUACGACUUGUCUAAAACUAAUAAUGAUGAUUUUAACUACGAGCAAUACAGAGAGCCAGUCUCGAGGUUGAGAAUGAGUGGGCUUUCCAAGGUGUUGAAUUUCAUGAUAGUGGCAUAGGUUUUCAUGGUUGAUAAUAAUAAAGAGCAUCAUAUAAUAGAAAUAAUUAGAGAUCGCUUAGUGCAUAUUUAAUAUAGACUGUCAAACUUAGUUCUAAUAGAAUGUUAUAGACUUUAAAUUCAAACAUGAAUGAAUUGAAUAUAACAGAGGUAUAUUAAACGAAGAGACUUGGAGGAAACUUCGUGGGAAUUAAAUCGUAGUAAAUACUAUCAGUGCUUCAUCAAGUUUCAGCCAAAUAUUAUUUUGAUCCUCAAGUUAUCAAAACUCACUUGUCUCGUAAAGUCAUAACGUUAAUUCUUCCAUCAAUUGAAACAUUAAAUGUCUGACGCCAUGUUUGAUGCCACAGAGAUUUGUGCACUACUUGGUUUAUAAAUCCAACCCUACUUUACAAGAUCAAAUAAUAAUAAUAAUAAUAAGCCAGCUCCAUCUUUCCUCCACGCCCCACGGAACUGAUGAUUCAUAACAUUGUUCACAGAUGGCAAAAUAUCUAGUUCCGUAAUGUCCAACCUCAAAUCGAAUAUAAAUGCGAAUGAUAAAGCCUAUAUACAUCCAUCCACUUCACCAAAAAAAAAAAAA